GGCCGCUCGGGGCUGGCGGCGAGAGCGCGGUGCCGCCGGCGGCCGAGGAGCGACGACGAGCGGCAGCGGUAGCAGCCGGGGCUGCGCAGCAGGGCCCGCGGCGGGGCGCGCCCGGCCCCCGGCAUGGCCCGGCAAUAGGCAGGGAGCGCUGCCCGCCCGCCCGCCGCUCCCGGCGGCAGCCCCCGCCGCGCCCCGUCCGUCCUAUGUGACCCGCCCCGGCGCCAAGAUGAAAGACGAUUUUGCAGAGGAGGAGGAGGUGCAGUCCUUUGGCUACAAGAGGUUUGGUAUUCAGGAGGGGACUCAAUGUACCAAAUGCAAAAAUAACUGGGCACUGAAGUUUUCCAUCAUCUUAUUAUAUAUUUUAUGUGCCCUGUUAACAAUCACAGUAGCCAUUCUGGGAUACAAAGUUGUAGAAAAAAUGGACAAUGUGACAGGUGGCCUGGAAACAUCCCACAGAAGAUAUACAGAAAAGCUCACAGAGGUGGAGAGUGGGCUGAAGAAAUUAGAUGACCAAGCUGGACAAAAAGCCAUGGAUACUAACACUGAACUGUCUAGCUUCAGAUCUGACAUUCUGGCUCUUCGUCAGCAGCUUCAUGACAUUGCAGAGAAAACUACCAGAAACAAAGAUACACUGGAGAAGCUGCAAGAGUCUGGAAAUGUAUUAGAUGAUAGACAGAGCCAAAUGAGAAGUGCCUUAGAUAGUAACUCUAUCAUGAUCAUCAGUGUCAAUAAGACUCUUCAGGCAUAUACUGGCUAUAUCAACAAUCUUCAACAAGACACAAGUAAUAUCCAAACAAACUUGCAAAACCAAGUGCAUUCUCAUAACGUGGUCAUCAUGAACCUGAACAACUUAAACCUGACACAAAUACAGCAAAGAAAUCUUAUCAGUGUCCUGCAGAAGUCAAUGGAAGAUACAAGCUUGGCUAUUCUAAGAAUCAAGAAUGACUUUCAAAAUUUGCAGCAGGUUGUCCUUCAAGCCCGGAAGGACACUGAUGGGCUUAAGGAGAAAGUGCAAAAUUUGCAGACUUUGGCUGCCAACAACUCAGCAUUGGCAAAAGCUAACAAUGAUACACUUGAAGACAUGAACAAUCAGCUCAGCUCCUUCAGCGGGCAAAUGGAGAACAUCACCACAAUUGCCCAAGCCAACGAACAAAAUCUAAAGGAUCUCCAGGAACAACAUAAAGAAUAUGAAAACAGAACUUCUGCCAAAUUUAAUCAGCUGGAAGAGAGGUUCCAGGUCUUUGAGACCGAUAUAGUCAAUAUCAUUAGCAACAUCAGCUACACUGCUCAUCAUCUACGGACACUGACUAGCAAUCUCAAUGAGGUCAGGACAACUUGUACAGACACCUUAAGUAAACAUUCAGAUGAGCUGAUUUUUAUGAACAGCACACUAGCCAAUAUUCGCUUAGACUCUGCAUCUCUCAAGGUGCAACAGGAUUUGAUGAGGUCAAGGUUAGAUGUUGAAGUUGCCAAUUUGUCAGUGAUCAUGGAAGAAAUGAAGCUGGUAGAUUCCAAACAUGGCCAGCUCAUCAAGAACUUCACUAUCCUACAAGGCCCUCCUGGUCCAAGGGGACCUAAAGGUGACAGAGGCCCUCAGGGUCCUCUUGGCCCCUCUGGCCUAAAAGGACAAAAAGGAGAGAAAGGAGAGCCCGGACCACCAGGACCUGCAGGUGAGAAGGGCCCUCCUGGGCCAACUGGGCCACCAGGAGAAAAAGGAGGAAAAGGUUCAAGAGGAUCACCUGGCUCCAAAGGUCAGAGAGGUUCUCCUGGCAAGACGGGUCUGCCUGGACCAAGUGGAGACCCAGGACCACCAGGUCCACAAGGCAAAGAUGGUCCACCUGGGCCACAAGGUCCACCAGGAUUUCAAGGGCUGCAAGGAACUGUGGGUGAGCCAGGGGUACCAGGACCUCGAGGACUACCUGGGCCACCUGGAGUCCCUGGGCUACCUGGUCCAAAGGGUCCACCUGGGCCACCAGGGCCACCAGGGCCAGGGAUGCCAAUGGCUCUACAAAGUGAACCUACAUCAGUGCCUGAGGCUAAUGGUUGUUCUCCUCAUUGGAAGAACUAUACAGAAAAGUGCUACUACUUUUCAAUUGAAAGAGAAAUUUUUGAAGAGGCAAAGUUAUUCUGUGAAGAGAGGGCAUCACGCUUGGUUAUCAUAAACAACAAAGAGGAGCAGCAAUGGAUAAAAAGACAAAUUUUUGGAAAAGGCAGCUUCUGGAUUGGACUAACAGAUUCAGAGAAGGAAAAUGAAUGGAGAUGGCUGGAUGGAUCCUUACCAGUUUACACAAAUUGGAAAACUGGGCAACCUGAUAACUGGAGCCACGGGCAUGGGCCAGGGGAAGAUUGUGCUGGGUUGAUCUAUGCUGGGCUCUGGAAUGACUUCUACUGUGAAGACGUUAACAAUUUCAUUUGUGAAAAAGACAUGGACAAAGGGCAAAUAUUUGGAGUGUAACAGGCUGUGACUUUACAGAUACCUACAUAUUAUGGAAAUUUACUUAAAGAAGAAGAAAAUCCUGGGAGAGAGCAGCAUUGCCUACAAAAAUUGAAAGGAGAAAAAAACCCCAAACAAAAGCAAGCACUGAAAACUGGUUUAAAUGUAUAAAGGAAUUCAGCAGCAGCUCUUCUCCAGCAUCCUGCAAUUAUUCGAGGCCUUUCAACCCACAGCAUCAGGAAAUACCGUUGGACUAAUUCUGUUACAGAUUUUCUUCCCAACCAGUAACCACAUACAUAAGCGACUUGUGUCUUCUAAGAAAAGAGAUUCUAUCAAUCUGAGUAAGACUCUUGGUCACUCAUAUAGAAAAACAUAUAAAGCAACUGUGUAAACAGUAUGUUUCAUUUGCUAAAAUCCCAAAUGUAGGAAAAUUAUACAGAUACACGAAUAUAUAGAUUUUAUAUAAAUAUAUAUAUAGUCCAACUCUUAUCAAUAAUAUGGAAUAUACUUUUAAGAGCUUUUAAAACUUUGUAUUUUUGUACAAAAUAUUUGCUUUUUACAAUUGUUCUCUUUUUUACUGACUUUUUUUACAAAUAUAGUGCACAGGGGCCAAAGAAAACAAUAAAGGUACUAAUAAUUCAUUAAUUUUUUGCUGGUUUGCUGUCAGGCCUAGCUCAGCUAUAGAGAAAUAUUUUUCCAGUUAGAAAUGUUUGUACUUUCCCAGAUGAUUUGUUCUGGUUAAAUAACUUUUAAAGCAGAUUUUAGAUAGUGUUUUCCUUAUUAUAUGCAGUCUAGUCUGCAUGUGUAACAAUUAAGUUGACUAAGGACUAGAUACUCAUUAUAGCUCUGAUCACAGCCAGUGUUCCAUUGGGGUACUAUGCAAAGACCAUGGUAAUAAAAGCUUUUCCUUCCUGCCUGCCUACCUGCCUGCCUGUCUUCUUUCCUGCCUGCCUGCUUUCCUGCCUGCCGGCCAUCUUGCCUUCCUGCCUUCCAUCUACUCAUGAGAAAAUGCCACUGGAGUAAAUCACCAACUUUUAAGAAUGAUUUUGAAAUGUUUUCAUUCCUUCUCCCUUCUCAUGAGGAAUUCUACCCCAGUAGGUGCUACCCAUAUUGCAAGUCAAGCCCGGGUGAAGGAUUUGAUGAAAACAGAAUCAAAGGAGCUACAUGUGCUGAAAUAUGUUUCUUUUUAAGACAGAUUUCAAAAUUUUGUAAGAAAAACAUGCCAUACUCAUAAAAAUCUAAUCAACUUUGAAGUGCUUUGUAAAUUGAUCUCUCUGUUUUCUGGGACCACUACUUCUCUCCCAAACAAACUAGGAAAUAAAAUACACUGCAAAACAGAAAGCAUUGUGGCUAAUGAGAUGAUAUCAUCACCUAGCCAUUUUCCUCCAUGGUCGCAUGAGCCCUUGUCUAGGCAGCAGUGCAGCUUAUCAGGAAUUAAAAAAAAUUAGGAACCAGUUAAAGUUCAUUAGCAGAAACCCUGGUUUUGGUUCCCAGUUUUUAUACUCUUUGCAUGGCCACACUCUUUAUCACAAAGGAAGUUGUUUUGGCUUCUUGGGAAGGAGAGUUGUUUUUCCAUUGCCUCCUGACCUGCCGUUUACCUUGGCUGAAUGCAGAUAAGUUUGUUGAAAUACUCCAGCUCUGUUGGAAAGAGACAAGAUUUUGUACUUCUGAUUUUCAAAUAUUGCUCCUAAGACCAACCAAUUAAAGACUGUUGCUUUCCUACAUCCCAUACUCCCUCCAGUGUUCAUUUGGCUUUUUAAUUUUACCUAUUUUAUUAAAGAAAAUACACAACAUGUUACGUUUGGGGAUCUGUCCUGUGAUACAUGUUAGCUACUAGACAGGACCAACGUGAAAAUUGCAUAUGUUUAACUAAAAGUGAAAGGUCUGUGUAUCACAGUUGCAGAAACCAUGUGUCACCAUCUUGGAGGCAGGGCUUUUCUUCAAACAGUCUGGAUUUCCUGAGACUUCUCUUUUGGCUUUUUCAUCAGGUUUUGGGUGCAACGUGAUUCUGCCAUACACCCUGACAUGCUGUACUUAGUUGUGUGUAGAUACAUGCUGUAGUGUUUACAUAUAUAUUUACACAGUGUCUAUGGAGAUAAUGUUAAACUGCUAUUUUGGGGAACAAGGUACUACUACUUUGCACAGCCAGAGAGCUUCACAAACCCUGGUGAGUGCAGCUUUGCAGAGACACACUGAAUUAGAAGCACUGCUACCUUUGUUUUGAAUGUUGGCUUAUUUAGGUGAAAUAAGUCCAUUCUGAGCAUGUGCCGUGUUAAAUGACCUUCUUCCUGGUUUUUACUGAUGGAAUAGACUUCUGUUGACAAAAGAAGUUAAUGAGAAACCUCUGUGUAAGCCCCAGCUAUACUGCUUCCUUGCCCCGGUUUCAUCCUUCUCUUCCUUCAGCAACAGCAGUGAUGGUGCAUAUUGAGAUGAGAUGAUCCAAGAGUCAUCUAGCAUCCUCCAGUCCCUCUUAAGAGGUUUUAUGCACAGCAAUGAUCAACAGCUAUAGCUGUACUUACAGCUGCAUAAGGUUACAGAAGUGGCUGUUGACCAGUGAAAGCUUCUUAGUCUGCUGGAAACCAGCACAGCAGCUAUUAUAAACUAUGGGCUAGGGUCGCAAGCAUUGAACUAGGGCAGUUUAAAGAUGCAACAUGUUUAUGAAUUAAAUAUCCAUUUCAAAGUGGAUUUCAGUGCUGGGUUGUAACUAUCUAUAAUAAUGUUCUAAUUAUUCACCUUUAAUUGAGAAACAACAUGUGCCUGGGCUCAAGCUCUCUGUUCACACAUUUGAAGCAAAGAGUGUAGCUGCAGAACUGGCUGGAGAGGGAUGCUGCAGUUGCAUGCCUGGAGUGUCCAGCCAUCCUUAGAAUAUGGCCUGAGCAGCCAAGCAGGCUGAGACAGGCCAUCCUUCUGACCUAGUAUUCCUGCAGGAGGGAAACGGAGGUGUCAAAGGCAACAAAGAUUGAAAUCAUUGGGAGGACUGGGAGAGUGUUAAGACAGCUUCAAGAACCUGCCACAGAAAGGAGAGAUUGGCAGGGAUGCAAGCAGGACACCAGAAAGGGCCAAGAAAUCGUCAUGAAAGUCAUAGCUGCCACAUGGGGCCUGGAAAACAUCCCCAUUAAAUCCGCUUUCUGUAUGGUCUGAGCGAUAACACAGGUUGUAUGGAAAGUUUUAAGUUAUAGGAAAUUAUUUUGU